AUGGCUGGCUGGUUUAGGCGGCUCCUGCACAAGCCCAAGCCCAGGUCGGUGGAGAGCAGCCUCAACACCAGCUGCUCUGCUUCAUCCUCGCCUUCCUCAUCCUCUGCGGAGAGCUCUGACUCCUCUCCCAGCAUGAGCCUGACCAGAUCUGUCUGUCUGUCGCCUGUCUCGGUGGUGGACAUCAGUGCCUCGGGCAGCGCCCGGUGGGCCAAAAGCUACGACGUCUGCAUCUGCCACAGCGAGGUGGACCUGGAGCUGGUGGAGGAGCUGGUGUCCUACCUGGAGGGUCAACCCGAAAGCUUCCGUUGCUUCCUCCAGCUGCGGGAUGCGACGCCGGGAAGCGCAGUGGUGACGGAGCUGUGUGACGCCGUGCAAAACAGUCACUGCUGGGUCAUGCUCAUCACCCCAGGCUUCCUCCAGGACCCUUGGUGCAAGUACCAGAUGCACCAGGCGUUGGCCGAAGCUCCCAUGGCCAACGGGCGCACCAUCCCGGUGUUAAAGGACGUGGAUCGGAAGGAUUAUCCCAAGGAAUUGCGCAACCUGUACUACAUCUACAUGGCACUGAAGGAGAAGAGUUUCAAGCAGAUCAGAGACACCGUCGUGCGCUACCUUCAGAAUCUGUGCCGGAGUUCCACGAGCGGGAUGGAGUAG